AUGAACACCGAGGAGCAGUAUUACGCCUCGGCGCAGCUCUACAAGGAGUCGUGUGCGUUCCAGAGAGCCCAAGCGCAGGACUACAACCCCAGCCCCCCCGCCUGCCUGUACAUGGGCAGGCAGCAGCAGACUCCUUAUUCCAGCGCCUUAGGGGCUCUCGAGCAAGGCAGCCCUCCAGACAUUUCACCUUACGAGGUGCCCCCCAUCACUGAGGAUGCCGGGGUCUCCCACCUUCAUCACCAUCACCACCACCACCCUCAUCUUCCUCCUCCCCACCAGGACGCGCUGCCUUUCGCAGACGGGGCGGACACGGGGGCUAUAGAGGAGCCCCGAGUGCAGGUGCCUUUCGCCUGGAUGAAGUCCACCAAAUCUCACGCCUGGAAGGGACAGUGGACUGGUGGAUCCUACAUGGUGGAACCGGAGGAGAACAAGCGGACGAGGACGGCGUACACGCGGGCGCAGCUGCUGGAACUGGAGAAGGAGUUUCUCUUCAACAAGUACAUCUCCAGGCCGCGGCGGGUGGAACUGGCUGUCAUGUUGAACUUGACCGAGAGGCACAUCAAGAUCUGGUUCCAGAACCGGCGGAUGAAGUGGAAGAAAGAAGAAGACAAAAAGCGAGGGGCGGGCAACAGCAAUGACCCCGAGCAAGACUGCGUUGUGUCCUCUGGGGAGCUCCAGACCAAGGAGGAUCUCCAGCCAUGCCCAGCCGGGAACCUUCCCUCGGGAGCCUCCAGGGACCUCCUCGCCCCCAGCCUAGCCCCCAGAAGGCAGCAGGACUCUCGUAAAUGUAAGAUGCCCAGCUGUGACGAGGAGAGGCUCGCUGCGGGCGCUAGCGCCGGGGAGGCCGCAGGGAGCCGCCGGGAUGGCGGGGAGCUGGGCCCCGCUCCCCCGGGCCGCCCGCGCCUCAGCGAGCCCUACGGGAUAGCUUCCCCCGGGGAAGGUGGGUGUCAGGCGGCCACCCCGGGUGUGUGCCACCCCGGGUGCACGGAGAGGUCUGGAAAGCGGCGGAGAGGCGAGCGCACGCUGCCUUCCUCGCCGCCGACAGCUGCUCGGUCGGAGCGCGUCCGUCGGUCCACAGGCGCGGACACGGACGCGAGUAUCCCGGACCAUCCACGGGCUGGCACGCCGCCGUCCCCGUCCAUUCCAGUCCCCCAGGGCAUCGGCUCUACCGAGGACUCUCUCAGGACUGUUACUUACUUCUUCGGAAACUGGAACCUGGAUUUGUCUCCCCCGAUGACCGGCACAGAUAGCCAGAUCCUCCUCCAGCGGCUGCGGGGACCCUGCGCUGCUGCCCGCGGCUCCGCGCCCGUCCGGGCUCCGCGGGACUCCGCGGCUCCAGGGCUGCGCUCGCCUCUUCGAGGGGUGAAUGCGAGCCCGGGGAUGCAGCAGAAAAAGUCGCGGGUGCUCUCCGGGCGGCGAGCAGACAGACAGAUAUAUCUGGGGGGAGCACAGGGGACUUUUUCUGGGCGCUAUUUUUCGGGCCGGCCCGGUGUGCGGGAGAGCUCGGCUCCUCCGGGCUGGAGCGGGGAGAGAGCCCGGCCGGGGCUUCCCUGCGGGAAGACGGGCAGCGGAGUCCGUGCCGGCCGCCCCGGGCCCGCCUGCCUUUCCCGCUUCCAGGAACGGCUUCCCCGUCCCGACAACGGCGGGGACUGCAACUAA